CUCUCACAACUGAAGUGGUGCAAACUGGCAUUCAGCUGUCUUGAGUGAGAGGAGAUGAGUAAAUAUCUGGGAUGGGCGCGGCGUUUGCUCCAGAAUCAGUUUCCUGAUUCUCUCCAAUUCUUUCUGCCGAAGCCCAACCACGCGACAUCCGCGCCAGGCCUGAACAUGAAGAAUCUCUUCACCGUCGUCAUAGCGGGCUCCCAGUAUUUGCUUCAUCCUCAGAAACUGGGCACAAUUGAGGAGACCAUCAAUCCCGAUGCGCUUAUUCCCGUCACUCUCCUCACGACAACUGAGAUCAAUACGGAUCUGGAGGGCAUCCUGCAGUUAUUUGCAACAGUAGACGAUGUCUUUCAGCCUGAUUUUGGUGGCAUCCUGGUAGAGAAGCCUGAGAAGAACAAGACGAUUGGGUUUAUCCAAAAUCCAGCACCCCGUAGCAGAGCUUUGUUCAGUUUGCAGCGGCCCGAGGUUGAGGCUACUGCUUUUGAAGACUUGCCUUCGGGUCCGUAUUUUCUCCAUGGACCAAAUCUUUACCAGGCAUGGAGAUUGUACGAUGAUUUCCUGGAUGCAUUUACCUUUGGGGUGAUUCCCAAUAGUGUGAAUGGUACUGACGACGGGUUCGAAGCGCUCUCGUCACUCUCUGACAAUGGUUCAUCCAAGUCGAUUGCGGUGCCAUCUCGACUCUAUCACGCUGCACCGUCAAUUCGAAAGCCGCUUUCUGGAGUCCGCAUUUCCAUCACGGACGCUGCAUCGCUGAAAGGUGUGCAGACAACUUUGUCGAGCCGGUCAUGGUCUCAGCUGUAUGGCACUGAAGCUUCUGAGACGGCAGAAUUCGUCCAGAAACUAAUUGACAUGGGCGCCAUAAUCGUGGGCAAGACCAAGUCAUCGCAACUGGAUUCGGGGAGAGAAUGGGUAGAUGUGGCGGCUCCGUGGAAUCCAAGAGGUGAUGGCUACCAAGAUUCUGGUGGAAGCGCCGCUGGUGCUGGAGCAAGUAUUAGUGGCUAUGACUGGAUGGAAUAUGCCAUUGCGAAAGACUCUUUUGAGGGAGUUCGUGAGCAAGCGCGUGUUCAUGGUGUUUACUCCAUCAGAGCCUCUGCUCAGGCUGCAUCUCUGCAAGGAUGGAGAAAUGAUUCGCAGAAUUAUGCUGCAAUUGGCUUGCUGAAUCGCAACUUACACCACCUGCUCAGUAUUGCUCAGCUCACAUUGAACACGUCAAACGCGAACAUGCCAUUUCCCAAGCGCAUCAUAUAUCCUUUGGAUUUUGCUUCCACCACUGAGAGUGACCAGGCUCAAGACAGUAAAUUUGUCGCCAUGUUGGAGCAUUUCCUUGGAGUCAAAGCUGACAAGAUGCGCUUAUCCGAUGCUUGGGACGCGCAUCCGCCAAAGGAGGCCAACGGGCAAACCCUUGAAGAAUACAUGAAGGAGGCUCCCUUUAGCUCCUUUUGCUCUGAUUUUUAUCAUGAGUAUGAGGACUUCCGCGGUGAUUACAAAACCAAGUUUGGCCGCGAACCCUACGUUGAGGCGACACCUCGUUUUAGAUGGGGCAUCGGCGAAAACGAAACGAAGCAAGACUACACCAACCACCACGAGCGCAUCGAGGUGUUCAAGAAAUGGUUUGGCGACAACAUCAUGUCGACACUCGGGGAUUCGGAGACUAUCAUGGUCCUCCCCUUCGGCCCUCAUACAGUGCAGUAUCGCGAUGACUUACCACGACCGCCGACCAGAAUUCAUGGUAUUGGCCCCCAAGUCCUCGCGCCUCUUUUAGGACUGCCGCAUCUUGUUAUUCCCUUCGCACAGACAUCCUACCAUUCGCGAGUAACCGAUAAAAGCGAGAGUCGUCCGUUUACUGGCUCUAUCAUGGGCCCUCACGGCAGCGACAUCAUGAUCCUUCAGCUAGCUAAGGCGGCAUUAAGACGUGCGGAAUGGCGGUCGCGGGUUGAUACUGGGCGUUGGGCGUUUCCUCAAGGGUAUAAACCGGAAUAAAAAUGCGCAAGAUAAAGCCUAGAGAUAGAAAAACGGUUGUCUACACGUGUGUGUCAUGGGUUCCCGGCUAGUUUAGACGCACGGGUCCGCUAAGAUGCUGUGCGAUGCGAUAGAUCGGAAGCGAAUUGGCACGUUUGAGGCGCUCAGCUGGGCUUUGACACGCUUCGCUAUGCAACAGGGGCUUCGGAUGUCUUGUUGCUCGUUCCAUGGAUGCGGGGAUUGUGAGGCUGCCGCGAUACCGUAUUCGAGCCUGGCUGAGCGCCACAAUAUGUGGUUAAAUGCGCAAUCUCUCCACAUGGUGACGCUUGUAGUUGUUGAGUUUGAGACAGUUUUCGGCGUUGAUGAGGAUAUCCAG